AGUUUUGAAAAAUUCAGUACUCUGACUAGUGGACUUUUUAUCGACAUUCUUUUUCUGUAAAAAAAUAAUUUGAAUAUAUACAAAAAGUACUUACUUCCACAGUACUGAAACUUACAAAUAAUGGUGUGAAUAUUUGAGUAACUUUUGCAGUUUUUUCAGUACAUCCUAGGCUUAAUUCAGCUUUUUCAAUUUCUUUUUCUAGCUCGUCUAAAUUAGACUUUAUAUGUUUGUGGAGUGAUGGAUGCUGGUAUUUGAGUGAAGUAUAUAAGGAAUUUUGAAAAUUAACUGGAAAUGGUAUCGCCAAAAGCUGUUUUAGGUAUAUGUGCCGGGGUGUCAGCCACUUUAUUUUUAGGAUAUUGCAUAUAUUUCGACAACCAAAGACACAAUGAUCCCGAUUUUAAAAAGAAAUUGCGACAAAGAAGACGAAAUAGAAGAGCUGCAGCUGCAUCGGCCGGAAAAAGAACAAACACAGUAUUUCCUGAUCUAAAAGAUCAUGAAGCAGUACAAAGAUUCUUCUUACAAGAGAUCCAACUCGGCGAAGAGUUGCUCGCGGCAGGUGACCUUGAAAACGGAGUCGACCAUCUUGGCAAUGCAGUAGCCGUUUGCGGACAACCGAACGAUCUUUUACAAGUCUUGCAACAAACGCUACAACCCAAUGUGUUCCACUUACUCGUCAAAAGACUGCCGACUGUAGCACCACGUUUAAUGAAGGCACAAAGUAGUACUCCGAGCGCAUCUUUACAGGAAGAUGAUGUGGAGUGAUACGAAUGCCUUUUGCGCUCUAGUCUCGUCGUUAGAAUCGUUAUAGCUCUGUGUCACUUUCCAUUGUUGCAGAAUGCAGUAAUAUACUGGUUUAUGUGAGCAAUACUUUAAUUUUCACGUUUUAUAUCUGAGGUAUCCUUGGACAAAUAUUUAAAAUCAAAGUGGAUUAAUUUAUUAUACUUAGUUGGCAAAUAUAAAGUAUAUUUCUG